AUGUAUGCAGCAGUGGAACAUGGGCCUGUUCUUUGCAGCGAUUCCAACAUCCUCUGCCUCUCCUGGAAAGGGAGAGUCCCCAAAAGUGAGAAGGAGAAACCAGUGUGCAGGAGGCGGUACUAUGAGGAAGGCUGGUUGGCAACAGGCAAUGGCAGAGGAGUUGUAGGUGUCACUUUUACUUCCAGCCAUUGCAGGAGGGACCGGAACACCCCUCAGAGAAUCAACUUCAAUUUGAGGGGCCACAACAGCGAGGUUGUGCUGGUGAGAUGGAAUGAACCGUUCCAGAAAUUAGCAACCUGCGAUGCAGAUGGAGGAAUAUUUGUUUGGAUACAAUACGAAGGCAGAUGGUCGGUGGAGCUUGUGAAUGAUCGCGGGGCACAGGUAAGCGACUUUACAUGGAGCCAUGAUGGGACUCAAGCACUUAUCUCCUAUAGAGAUGGAUUUGUGCUGGUUGGUUCAGUCAGCGGUCAAAGACACUGGUCUUCAGAAAUAAACUUGGAGAGUCAGAUCACCUGUGGCAUAUGGACUCCAGAUGACCAACAGGUACUAUUUGGCACUGCUGAUGGGCAAGUUAUCGUCAUGGACUGCCAUGGCCGAAUGCUAGCCCACGUGCUCCUUCACGAAUCAGAUGGCAUCCUCAGCAUGUCCUGGAACUACCCUAGCUUCCUGGUGGAGGACAGCAGUGAGAGUGACACAGACUCUGACGACUAUUCCCCACCACAAGAUGGACCAGCUGCGUAUCCAGUGCCGGUGCAGAACACCAAGCCGCUACUUACUGUCAGCUUCACGUCGGGAGACAUCAGUUUAAUGAACAAUUACGAUGACUUAUCUCCUACUAUCAUCCGCUCAGGGUUGAAAGAUGUGGUGGUACAGUGGUGUACACAAGGAGACCUAUUGGCAGUGGCAGGCAUGGAGAAGCAAAGCCAGCUGGUUGACCUCAGCAACGGUUCCCUGCUGAAAAGCGCACUUGUCAAGUUCUACAAUGUGCGUGGGGAACACAUCUACACUCUGGAGACACCUGUGCAGCGUCCCAUCAUCUCCAUCUGUUGGGGUCACAGGGAUUCGCGCCUGCUGAUGGCUUCUGGACCUGCAUUGUACGUUGUCAGAGUGGAGCACAGGGUCUCCAGCCUGCAGCUGCUGUGCCAGCAGACCAUCGCUGGCUGCCUGCGGGAUGACAAGGAUAUCAGCAAACUGACCCUGCCCCCUCGGCUCUGCUCAUACCUCACCACUGCCUUUAUACCAACUAUCAAGCCUCCUAUCCCAGACCCAAACAACAUGAGAGAUUUUGUCAGCUACCCAACAGCUGGUAAUGAACGGCUUCACUGCACGAUGAAGCGGACAGAAGAUGACCCAGAGGUUGGUGGUCCAUGUUAUACUCUGUACCUGGAAUACCUUGGGGGACUGGUGCCUAUACUGAAGGGACGUCGCAUUAGCAAGUUGCGGCCGGAGUUUGUCAUCAUGGAUCCUAAAACAGAUGGAAAAGCAGAUGAAAUCUAUGGAAACAGCUUGAUUUCCACUGUGAUUGACAGCUGCAACUGCUCUGACUCCAGCGAUAUUGAACUGAGUGAUGACUGGGCAGCAAAGAAAUCUCCCAAAAUCAGUCGAGCUAGCAAAUCACCCAAACUCCCCAGAAUCAACAUAGAAGCUCGCAAAUCUCCGAAGAUGUCACGAGCUGCGCAGGAGAUAUCAAGAUCACCAAGGCUGCCAAUAAGGAAACCUUCUAUUGGUUCGCCAAGCCUAACCCGAAGAGAGUUUCCUUUAGAAGAUAUUACUCAGCACAACUAUCUUGCUCAGGUCACAUCUAAUAUCUGGGGAACCAAAUUUAAAAUUGUGGGUUUGGCUGCUUUCCUACCAACUAACCUUGGUGCAGUAAUAUAUAAAACCAGUUUGCUGCAUCUGCAGCCCAGGCAGAUGACAAUAUAUCUCCCAGAAGUGCGGAAGAUUUCAAUGGACUACAUUAACCUGCCUGUCUUUAACCCAAAUGUUUUCAGUGAAGAUGAAGAUGAUUUACCAG